CAGCUGCGGAACCACCGAUAUCAGAAUCCUCCUCCACCCUCUCCCUGUGUUUUUCCACCACCCCAAGUUGCGAUAGUAGAGAGCUAUACUCCUAUCGCGCUUCCACUUUUCUCUUGUCUUCUCUUCUCUUCUCAACAAAGUUUCGCAAUGUCCGGACCAGAAGUUCACCACCUUUUCCACGCCCCGAUUGCCGACCACUCCUUCUCCUCGGACCGUCAGACGCUCGCGAUAGCCAAGGAAAACAAUGUCGAACUCUAUCAAAAGUCGGGGUCGAGGUUCACGUUGAAGGACGAACUCAAGGGUCACGACAAGACCGUCACGGGCGUCGACAUCGCACCCAACAGUGGCAUGAUUGUGACUUGUUCUCAAGAUCGAAAUGCCUACGUGUGGGAACCUUCCCCCACCGGGUGGAAACCGACCCUCGUCCUCCUCCGGAUCAACCGCGCGGCCACGUUCGUGCGCUGGUCCCCCUCGGAGAGGAAGUUCGCCGUCGGGUCCGGGGCGCGCCUGAUCGCCGUGUGCUACUUUGAGGAGGAGAACGACUGGUGGGUCUCGAAGCACCUGAAGAAGCCGAUCCGGAGCACGGUGACGACCCUGGCGUGGCACCCGAACAGCGUCCUGCUCGCCGCGGGCUCGACCGACUCCCACGCCCGCGUCUUCUCCGGGUUCGUCAAGGGCGUCGACGAACGCCCCGAGGCCAGCGCCUGGGGGGAGAGGCUCCCCUUCAACACCGUCUGCGGCGAGUACCUCAACGACUCGGCCGGCUGGGUCCACGCCGUGUCCUUCUCGCCCGGCGGCGACGCCCUCGCCUUCGCCGGCCACGACAGCAGCAUCACGGUCGUGUACCCCGGCGGGCCGGACGCGCCGCCGCGCGCCAUGCUGAGCAUCCCGACCCAGACCCUGCCGUUCACGAGCCUCAUCUGGAACGGCGAGGCCGAGAUCAUCGCUGCCGGUUACGACUGCGAGGCCUUCCGGUUCCGGGGGAGCGAGGCCGGUUGGGAGAUGGUCGGCGGCGUCGAGGCAAAGACCCGUCCGAGUCUGGGGGCCGGCGCGAGGGAAGAGUCGGCCCUCCACAUGUUCAAGCAGAUGGACCUCAGGGGCAAGGUCAAGGACGACACUCGACUCAACACGACACACCAAAACACCAUCAACACCGUCAGGGUGUUUGAAGGUUCGGCGGACGGGGUGAAGAAGUUCAGCACCAGUGGUGUCGACGGCAGACUUGUCAUCUGGACCCUCUGAGUGAGACUCUCUCGGCCUCUCUCGGCGAUGCUUUGUCGUGUGAGGACGGCCCCGGGAGGAGAUGACGAUGAUGAUCAUUGAUUCUGAAGCGAGAGAGCCUCGCGGGCACAACAGACAUGGAAAUUGAAACCCGAAGAGACAGAAUGAUGAUUAAAAAUGGCAACCAUGAAAAUUGAAUUGUCAUGAUAUAAACAUGUUCUAGUGCACGUAUUUCAUUCGUACUACGGAUUACUGUACUAUUAUCUUUUUUGUAAUCCCAGAAAAUCACCAUCCAUG